CAGCAGCAGCACAACUAGCAGCAGCAGUCUAACCGAGAACUUGUUCAAGAGAAUCCCCCUCACUUUGUAUCUGAGAAUAGACGAUAAUUCUAACCAAUAUUUAGGGGUGCGAGUAAAUAUUGCACUUCAUUCAUAUCCGAACAUCUUACGAUUGAAAUAAGUGCAAUUACAAACGGAGAUAAGAAAACUGAAGUUGAAAUAUUUAAAAAUAUUGUCAAAUUUAAAGCUUGGAAAAAGGCCGACUACUACAAUUGCGACGCUACCUACCACACCAUUAACAGUAGUUAAUACCCAACAUUCAGUAUUCGAGAUUUUUCGGUAUUGUCCGUGAUGAACUCACUCAUGUGUACUAUGUGACAGUCGACCAAUAAUAAUCGAGUGCGAUCGUCACAUGGUAAAACGAAUAUAUGAAUAAUUUUUCUCCGUAACACGAGAUCGAACUCGGAAGUUUCCGUUGUUUUCUGACAAGCUGAAACUUUCAACAGCGGCCAUCUUGCGUAAAAUUUUCAGUUGUCGGAACAAUUUGGAAUUUUCGCAGAAUUCAAAUAGUAAAUUCUACGACCUUGUCCUACUGGUUGUCAUUGGAUAGUUAAUAUCUCUAUUCAGACUCUAUAUCGGAUUUAGAAAUAGAUUAUAUGAAAUCAUUGUGAGUUUAGAACAUGAAUUGUAUAUUAACGGCUUUGUGCCCGAAGAUUUAUAUCGAGCACCAUGAAGGGAUUGGAUUUUAGUCCCUUGAAAUAAUGAUCACCAUCACUGGAGCCAUGGCUGUGGACGGUUUUGCAGCCUCUAAACCGCCAUUGCAGUUAAAGGAUUAUUACAUGGAACGAAAAGCUUGAGGUCGUUGCAAAACUGGAAGUGCAAUAGUUUAUAUUAUAUAUAGGGGAGUAUAAAAUGGCCGACCCCCAGGUUGUAGAAGGCCCUCCAGCCAAGAGACCAAAGCUUGCGUCACCUGCUUUACCAAGUGACAGUGGAGAUGCAUUUAUGACUGAAUUCGAUUUAAACGAAGCGCUACCAGAUGAGUUAAUGUCUACAAAUAACUCGGCAAGUGAUGGGUCCCACAAUGGAACAAAUGAUUCUCAGGUUCCAUCCGGUCAAGAUACCAGUUCGCAAAGGCACCCACACCAACAGUUAUCUCAUCUUCUACAGCCUACUUCUGUUUCAACACAUUCUGGAAAUAACAUUUCUAGUCCCCAAAACCCUCAGAAUCAAGGGGGUACUGGACCACCUAGUAGAAACCAGAUGAUUGCUAACAUCAAUUCUAGUCCGAGUAUAAACAACACUGUAAAAAGUCCAUUAUCUGGCAAUUUGUUUCACCACCCCACGGAUCCUUAAGCAAAGCAGGAGCAGCUUCAAUCCAUAGCACCGAUUUACCAUUGACCAGCAGUAGCUCAUCUUUUUCAUCAAGUAAUAAUGUUAUAAGUAAUCUUAUUAUUGAAAAUGUUGGCAACACCCACUUAGGACCUCCAGGAGUUGGUAUGAAGCCGGUAACUCCACAAAGUGCUUCAACUCAAAGUACUGUCAGUAAUUCUCAGAGCCCACACCAUAGUCAGCUUCUAAACGGACCACAUUACUCACCUAUGACGGCAGCAGGGCCAGCACGGAAUUCUACAUCCAAUUUAGCUGCUGGAGGCCUGGCCAUCUCUCAGAACAAUGUUAUCAGCACGAAUACAUUGAGUACACAUAUACCGUUGUCAUCUCAUUCUGUUGGACACCCAGCAUUAACUGCUGCAGGUCAGACGCCAAUGAUAAAGACUGGUCAGCAAGGAACGACCGGUCAGCAACCCCCUACAGCAGAUCCUGAGAAGCGAAAGCUCAUUCAGCAGCAGCUGGUUUUACUACUUCAUGCACAUAAAUGCCAAAGACGAGAACAAACCAAUGGUGAAAUUGCUUCAUGUACACUUCCUCAUUGUAAAACAAUGAAGAGUGUUCUUAAUCACAUGACGACUUGCAAUGCUGGAAAAUCUUGUCUUGUUGCCCAUUGUGCAUCCUCUCGUCAAAUUAUAACACAUUGGAAGAAUUGUACUCGAGGUGACUGCCCUGUCUGCUUACCUCUGAAGCAUGUUUCUGAUAAAAGAGCCCCAGGAGUUGUACAAACAGCUUCAACAGUUCCUGUUAGCACCCAGUCCCCUGGUGCUAGAGAUAUGCAGAGGGCUUACGAUGCUCUGGGUUUGCCAUAUAAGCAAGGCGCUGGCAGCAAUGCUGUUCCUCCUAUUCGGCCAUCAAUUUCAACUCCUCAAGGCCAAGUUCAGAAUCCACCAGGGAUGAUGUCUGCACAAUUAAAUCCCAACAGCCAAAAUGCCCCCAGGCAAGACAUGUUACAAAGAACACAACCUCCUGUUUCCUUCACUGGUGUCCCAAGUGGAGUAGCAGCUAGUAGUGGUGGUGUACAAGCUUUGAGUCAAACAAACAGAGGAUCUAAGAAAUGGCAUCACUGUGUCACCCAAGAUUUACGAAAUCACCUUGUUCAUAGAUUAGUCCAUGCAAUAUUUCCAACUCCUGAUCCUGCAGCUUACAAAGAUAGAAGGAUGAAAAAUCUAGUCGAUUAUGCGAAAAAAGUCGAAGGUGAUAUGUAUGAAACUGCCAAUGACAGAGAGGAAUAUUAUCAUUUACUAGCUGAGAAAAUUUAUAAAAUACAGAAAGAACUUGAAGAAAAAAGAAUGAAGAGACAGUUAGCAAUACAGCCUGGUCAGGCUAAUCAGCCUAAUAUGCCAAUGCGACCAACAGGUCAACCAAAUGGACCUCUACUAAAUUCUGGUCAGCGGUUGCCUGGAGCACAGCUUAGUAAUACUGAUCCGUAUGGGAUUUCUCCUGCAACUCCUAUGCAGAGAGUAUCCAUGCCUACAUUACCACCUCGCACGACACCUCCUCCUACUUCAGUGAAUGUGCGACCUAGAGUGGAUAUAGUGCCAACUCCAUUUGUUCCAAAUGUGAACCGAAGCACUGGGCCUACAAGUACUAAUCCUACGCCAUCUCCACCUUUGUCAUCAGUGUCUCCAAUUGCUUCAAGUCCUUCAUAUCCGUCUCUUCAAAUUUCUUCUCAGCUAAGCGGAUUGCUUACUGAAUCUCAGACCAUACCAAUUCAGCAAACAGCUGUUCAAGCACAGUCUCAGAGUCAUCAACCAAUUGCUGCACCACAAACUCUUCCAACUCUUCCUUCAACAAGCCAACAGCAAGCAGUCACACUGCCACAACAACACCAGCAGCAAGUCCAGUUACAACAACCCAUGGCUCUACAACCACAACAGCAAGCUAUGCAACCACAGCAACCUCCAUCACAACAGCAACAACAGCAACAGACAGUGCAACAACCACCACAAGUUUCUCAACAGUCUCAACAGCUGAACUCCUUACAGUCUCAAUCUCAACAACAGUCCCAACCACAAAAGCCACCUACACCACAAGCCCAGCCACAGCAACAACACACUCCUAAACAACAACCUUUAUCACAACCUUCAACACCACAGUCAAAUACACCUCAAAAAGUCUUGCCUCCUGUUCAGCAAGGAGGUACUGGACAAAAAGCUCUUACUCCACAAAUGCCUCAACCUCUAACACCGAAGCAGCAGCAGGUUCAACAAUCAAACCAGUCCAUGCCUGAAGUUAUGUCAAAAGGAAAACAAUUACCUGAUUCUGUUGACCAUCCCUUACCAGAGUUAAAAGUGAAACAAGAAUCAGGAUUGUGCUUGUCUGAAGCCUUGUCAACAGUAACUACGACUACAAUUACAACUACGAGUGUAUCUUCAGUUAUGACAGCUACUACAACAGCAACUAAUACAACUGUUACUCCUGCUGAAAUUAAGACUGAAAUCAAACCCCCAAUUAAAUAUGAAUUCAUGAAAGAAGAGUUUAUUAAAGAAGAGGAAAUAAUCAAAUCAGAGUAUCCAAAGCAAGAUAUUAAACUAGAACUAUCAGAUAUGAAAUCUGAACUUAGAGCUGACAAUAAAGAUGAGGCAUUGACUUUACCUCAGGUAAAAGAAGAGCCUAUUGAAACUACAAAUCAGCAGCAGAGUCCUGAGUCUACGACUAGUGGAAAUCCUGAAAAUAUAAACGGUGGAGACACAAAAGCUAAUGCCAUUGGAGGUCCAUUAGCACCAACCACUCCAGGAUCUUCAACUCCUCCUAAAUCCAAAAAAGUUUUCAAACCGGAUGAACUGAGGCAGGCAUUAAUGCCAACAUUAGAGAAACUUUAUCGACAAGAUCCAGAAUCUUUACCCUUCAGACAGCCUGUUGAUCCCAGUCUUUUGCAGAUUCCACUCCCCUGUCUAACACAAACACAGGACAAGAAAUGGUGGAAACAUUCUAAGGAUUAUUUUAUGAUAAUUAAGAAGCCCAUGGACCUCUCCACUAUAAAAAGAAAGCUUGAUACAGGACAGUACCAAGACCCAUGGCAGUAUGUUGAAGAUGUUUGGCUCAUGUUUGAUAAUGCAUGGCUGUAUAAUAGAAAAACAUCAAGAGUUUAUAAAUACUGCUCAAAGUUAGCUGAAGUUUUUGAGGGUGAGAUUGAUCAGGUGAUGCAAUCCCUUGGCUAUUGUUGUGGCCGGAAAUUUGUUUUUAGUCCACAAGUGCUUUGUUGUUAUGGAAAACAAUUGUGUACCAUUCCAAGGGAUGCUGUGUAUUAUAGCUAUCAAAAUAGAUAUGUAUAUUGUGAAAAAUGCUUUCAAGAAAUCCAAGGAGAGGAAGUGGAAUUAGCAGAUGAUCCAUCCCAGCCUGUUACGAAUCUCACAGAGCUCUUAGGAUCGUGUACUUUCAAGUCACGGACAGUCACUACAAGGCGGAUACAAAAGGAUGCAUUCUCUAAAAUGAAGAAUGAUCAGUUGGAUUUGGAACCGUUUGUUGAAUGUUUAGAAUGUGGACGGAAACUUCAUCAAAUCUGUGCUUUAUUUUGAACCCUAUGGCCAAAUGGGUUUUAUUGUGAUAACUGUUGUAAGACAAAAGGUAAACAGGGUAAAAAGGAAGGCAAAUAUACUUGCAAACGUCUCCCGAAUACAAAACUUGGAAUAUAUCUAGAGAAUCGUGUAAAUAAUUUCCUUAAGAAUAAAGAUGCUGGUGCUGGAGAAGUUACUAUCAGAGUUUUGUCAAGUUCUGAUAAAACAGUUGAGGUGAAACAAGGAAUGAAAAGCAGAUUUGGAGAUGAAAUGCCAGAUAGUUUUCCAUACAGAGCAAAAGCAAUGUUUGCUUUUGAAGAAAUAGAUAAUGUAGAUGUGUGUUUUUUUGGGAUGCAUGUACAGGAAUACGGCUCAGAUUGUAAUCAGCCAAACACAAGACGUGUGUAUAUAUCAUAUUUGGAUAGCGUUCACUUUUUCCAACCAAGAUCUCUCAGGACGGCUGUUUAUCAUGAAAUUCUAAUUGCUUAUUUGGAAUAUGUUAGGCGAUUAGGAUACACAAUGGCUCACAUUUGGGCUUGUCCCCCUAGUGAAGGAGAUGAUUACAUUUUUCACUGCCAUCCUCCGGAACAAAAGAUCCCUAAACCAAAACGGCUUCAAGAGUGGUAUAAAAAAAUGUUGGAUAAGGCUAUAAUAGAGCGUGUUGUGAUUGAUUAUAAGGACAUUUUAAAAGAUGCAGUAGAAAACAACCUUACAAGUGCAACUGAGAUGCCAUAUUUUGAAGGAGAUUUUUGGCCUAAUGUUCUGGAGGAGAGCAUCAAGGAGCUGGACCAAGAAGAAGAAGAAAAACGUAAAAGAGAGGAAGCUGAAGCUGCUGCAGCUGAAGAGGCUGCUGAACAGGGCGAUGGAGAAGAAGCCGGCCAAUCAUCGUUUCAGAAUGGCCAGGGCAAAAAGAAGGGCCAGAAAAGUGGUCGAAAUAAAAAAGCCAAUAAAAAUAAAAGCAACCAACGGAAAAAUAAUAAGAAAACAAAUCUUCCUCAUGGUGGAAAUGAUCUCUCAGCAAAGUUAUAUUCCACUAUGGAAAAACACAAGGAAGUCUUUUUUGUCAUCCGUCUUCACUCAGUGCAGUCAGCAGGGAGCUUACCCCAUAUUGAAGACCCAGAUCCCUUAAUUUCUUGUGAUUUAAUGGAUGGUCGGGAUGCAUUUCUCACUAUUGCUAGGGAAAAACAUUAUGAAUUUUCUUCUUUACGAAGAGCCAAAUAUUCAUCAAUGGCUUUACUUUAUGAACUGCAUAAUCAGGGAAGAGACAGCUUUGCCUAUAAUUGUAAUCACUGCAAGUCUCUUGUUGAAACACGGUACCAUUGUUCACAGUGUGAUGAUUUUGAUCUUUGUGUUCCUUGUUAUGAAAAAGAAGGUCAUCCUCAUAAAAUGGAUAAACUUGGAUUUGACCUUGAUGAUGGAGCUACUUCAGCAGAAAAGCAAGAAAAUCCUCAGGAAUGUCGACGGCAGUCUGUUCAAAGAUGUAUUCAGUCUAUUAUUCAUGCAUAUCAGUGUAGAGAUGCUAAUUGUAGACUGGCAAAUUGUCAGAGAAUGAAACGUGUUGUAGCACACACAAAAAUAUGUAAACGGAAAACUACUGGUGGUUGUCCCAUUUGCAAACAGUUGCUAGCACUUUGCUGCUACCAUGCAAAACAUUGUACAGAAAAUAAAUGCCCGGCUCCAUUCUGUUUCCAAAUUAAACAUAAAUUAACACAGCAGCAAUUACAACAAAGACUGCAACAAGCACGAAUGAUUAGGCGGCGCAUGGAAACUAUGUCUCAACGGAACUCUAAUAGUAAUAAUGUUCAGCCUAUGCCUCAGCAGCCACAAAUACCUCCUUUUGGGGGGAAACCUCAGGGGCCACCCCCAGGUGCUAUGCAAGCUGCUCGUCAGGCUCAAGAAGCUGCACAGCGACAAGCUGUUUCUUUAGGUAAGCCAUCAGGACCUAUUAAUAAUUUACCACCACAGGCGAAAAUGCAGGCUAUGCAACCAAAACCAAUGAACCCCAUGCCACAAUCUGUACAGGGUGCCAUGGUGCAACCAUGGCAAAAUUAUCCAAGUCAACAAGGUCCUCCACCACAACCACCACCACAACCACGUCAAAUGCCACCUCAGAGAAUGCCAAUGCAACAGCCACAACAACUUGGUGCUCCUAUAAACCCUGGUAUGAAUCAAAUUCAAUCAAAAGCUUCUAUGCAGCAGUUAAUGCAAGUAUUGAAAACCCCGCAAUCACCACAACAACAAACUCAGAUUUUAAAUAUUUUAAAAUCAAAUCCAAGUUUAAUGGCAAUUUUUCUUAAAAAUAAAGAUCAACAGCAGCAGCAACAGCAACAACAGCAACAACAACAGCAACAGCAGCAGCAGCAACAGCAGCAGCAACAGCAACAGCAGAUGCCUAAUAUGCAAAGUCUCCAACAACCAGGAGGGCAACAACUUCCAUCACAGCAGCAACCAAUAUGGUAUUCUAAAAUGAGUCCAGUUAUACCUAGACAACAGAUUACUCCAUUUCAACAGCCACAACCACAGCCCCAAUUUACACAACGAACAAGAAUGAAUUUUCCUCAGCAAGGAGUUCAAGGAGAUGGUUCCCAGCAUAUGGCUCAGUUCCAACAGCAACAAAUGAUGCAACAGGUUCAACAGCAUCAACAACAAAUAAAACAGCAUCUCUCUGGUGGACAACCUGUUAGUCCACAACAGAUGCUUGCUCAACAGACUGCUCCUUCUCCACAACAAAUUAUGCAACAAGUUCGUUCACCCCCAACUUCCACAUUACCACAAACUGUCCGUUCACCACAACCUACUCCAUCUCCACGGCAGCAACCCAUUCCUUCACCUAGACAGCCUCAACAAUCACAUCAUAUACCUCCUACUACUCAUUCACCACAUUCGGUUGUGGCUGGACAAGCCACUACACCAGAUCCUAAUCAAAUUCAUUCAGAUCAGGUCAUGCUUCCACAAUUACAAACUCAUGGUAAUGUUUCACAGUUAAAAAGCCCUAGUUCUUCAGAUUUAUCACAUGGACAAGACUCUGAAGUUGCUUCAAUAAAUCCAGACUCUUUAAAAUUGGUUGAAAAGGUGUAGUGAAGACUGAAAACAAAGUAAAGGGGGCAAACCAAGUGAUCUGUAUAAAACCCAUUGUAGAGAAUGGUCAUUGACGUUAUAUUUUGUCUGUUUUUUCCAGAACAAAAGUGAAAAUUUUUCAGAGGAAGAGAUGUUUAUUUUAUACAUAAAAAUUGUAGGUAGCAAUUGAAUUAACUUCUAUCACAUUACCAAUGGACAAGAAUUUAUCUAAUUAUAAACUGUACACAAUAAUUUGUAUAGGUAGUUCAUGGAAAGUCUGUCAUCCUUUGCAUUGCAAAUGUGCCUAGUUCUUCCUCUGGUAGAUAGUUGAACCAAUAUCCUUUGUUUAGGUGUUACUGUUUUAGGAUUCAACACUCAUUUCAAGAAAAGGUUAAUCAAAUCAGUGUGCAUAAACCUAAUGACCUAUAUUGUUAUUUCCACAGAACAUUUUUAUUCGAAUUCAAUUCACAGAAUGAAUUGUUGUACGGACACACAUUUUUACUUAAUGAUAUACUAAUAUCUUUAUAAAUGUGUGCACCUUUCCUAUUUCAAAGGCUUAUGUUCAAGUGAGUUCUAUGUGAGAUAGGUGUGAACUGACGACAGAACAAGAUUGCUUGAUGCCCUGUUUCUAAGUUGAUUCACUGUGCUUCAACAUUAUUGUUGCAGUUAACAUAUCAAUGAAAAGCUACCUUUUGAGAAGUGAUCACCAUUGCUCAUUUGUAAAAUAGAUAUGCUCAUUAAACCCACCUCAAUUUUAAAAUUUUAGAAAAGGCAUAAGACUAAUCAUUAUCCUUUGUGCUGGUAAAAUUUCUAUCAGUUUGAACAAUUAUUGAAUCCAUUUUUAAUUGCAUUUAUGUGUUAUUUUACAGACUUACAUAAUUGUCCAUACUAGACAAAUAACAUACAUUACCAAAACCGAAAAAAAAAAAACCUGAAAAUUAAAAAAAGAAAAUUAUAUUAAUUUUUUUUCCUUCCCCUUAGAAAGCUCACAUUGUAGUCAAGUCCAGUCAAAUACAGACUUGAUAAGCUUGACUGCUGCACUUUUAUCCAUUCUAGAGGAUUAAGCUAUCAUGGCAUAGCUGCCAUGCUUUCUGUAACAGCAAUUUUGUUGAAGUCUUUAUAAAUUAAAUAACUGAUACUGUUAUUGUUCAUGUAGAUGUGUCCUUGAAUGUUUUGUGCUGUUUUGCCAGAAAGUAUUAGAAAAGCAAGUUUUUCUUGCAUUCUAAACUCUGAAAAUUUAUUGAAUCUUAUUUCAGAGUCCUCAUUCAAAACUCUAUUUGUAAGAUAAUUGUUGAUAACUUUUAAAAUACGCUCCUGUUGUACUAUAGACAUUUCACACAAAAAAAAAAAAAAAAUAUGGCUUUCGGAAAACAGUUUGAUAAAAUAUUUGCAAAUCACAAUUGUGUUUGUAUAACUAUGUGCACUAUGAUUUCAUUUAUAUGAAACCUAAGCAUCAUGCAAUUUGAAGUGAGCAUUUAUUUUAGUAUGUGAAAAAAAAAUGGGAAAAGAAAAAGAAAAUUCUGUGGACACUGCCAAACGAAUUCCAUGAAGCAAGAAUUAGUGUCUUUUCAAUGAGGGUAAGAUUCCAUUUUAAAGAUUAAGAGUUAUUGAUUUUAUAAGAUUAUGGAAGAAUUAUUCAAGUGUAAAAUAUUCGCGCACACAUACACAUACAGAAGAGGAAAAGCUGAUUUGAUAAAAAAAAAUUGCUUUACUAUUAAAGAAGGAAGUCAGAUUAAACUAUUUGUUGAUGAAUAGUUUGAAAUGUCAUUCUGAUUGUCAACAAUCCUUAUUUAUUGUCCCAUAUUUAUUUUAAGUAUUUGUACCAGCUUAAUAAGCAUUAGUCUUUGGAAUUUUUCAGUGAUUUUCUUUAUCAGCUUUUAGCAAUUUUUAAUUCUUUUAUUUUGUCCAGAUCUACUCUGUAAUAAUAAUUUUUAUGUAACCACACUAUAUGCAAGGUAUUUAAGAUAUAAGUGCUAAAAACCUAACUGAAGAACCUCUAUGAGUGGGAGCUGGAGAGAGAGAGAAAGAAAAUUGUGAAUGUGUCUAUGAUAUCUAAGAGGCUUUGUGGUUUAUUAAAUGUUGCACUCUUUCAAAUAUCUAGUUGUGUGUGUGUAUGUGUGUGUGUAUAAAUAUGUGUGUGUGUGUGUAUAUAUAUGUGUGUAUAAUCUUUUAAUUAAAAUUUAUUAGAAUACUUUAUUCAGAUUUCUCUUUUUAAAUAAUUCUGCUCCUAGCACAGGCAUCUAUUUGUAACUGAAUAUUUCUAACUAACCUUAAAUUACAAAUUUUUAAACGUCUAUUUUAGGAAAUUGUUAUCUAAAACAUUUAUUUACUUGAAUUUUUAUGUUGCUUGACAGUUUUUUCUAGAAAUUUUUAAUAGCCCAAAUCUGGAUUAUAAAUUGUUAAGCAUAGGAUAAGAAAUUUUUAUAUUCUGGACUCAAUUCAGUCAUAAUUUUAAGAAUACAGUGUUGUCUUCAAGAAAAGUAUGUUAAUGUUGAUGAAAUUGUCUUAAUUGAAAUCCAGUUUUUGGUAUUUUUUUCUCUUUUUCUCUUUUUUUAAAAAAUUUAAAAUUUUUUUUUCUUUCCUCAUUGAAAUAUAAAUCAUUUAUUUGGAUGUCGCAAGCCAGCAAAGGAAGUUAAUGCAUUAACUCUGCAAAUCUGUUUCAAGUUGGCAUUGUGUUAAUAUCAUGUUGCAACUUUUAAUGGACCUGUCUCCCGAAAAUUGCAUUUUCUCCUUAUUUUAACAAACUACUUUUUGCACACACGUACACACACACACACACACACACACACACACACACACACUCAUUCUUGUGUGUUUAUGUCGAUUGAGUUCACUGCACUAUACAGAGAAUUGCUUGGAUCAUUCAAUAUGUUUUUUGAAGAUUUGUUGCAAAAUGCAUUGAUGAAAGACAACUAUAUAACUAUUCAGUACAGAUGAUGCCAUAGCUAGAGAAAUAUUUUCAUUCAAUUUUUCUUGUCAUGCUGUUGCUUCUGUUGAAUUCAAAAUUUGGCAAACAUCCUAGCAAUCUCACUAUUUAAUAUAUCAAAAAAAUAUAUUUUUAAAAAAAAAUCCUAAAAAAUUAAUAAAAUGUAUUUAAAAUACUUAUCAAAUAGUAUUUAUUGCUAAUUAGAUAACACUUCCACUUAGAUGGUGAUGGUUGAAUGGAAAAAAAAUUUAAUAUUUUCAUUUCAAUGAAAAUUAAAUUUGAAAUUUUUGGAUUUAUUUAUUCAAUUUUAUGUAUACACAAUGUAUACAUGUACAUGUAGGUGGGUUCUAUUUCCCACUUGCAUUCAAAAGAUAUUUACACCUACCCAUUCCCCCAAAAUAUGUCCUAUAUUCUAGUAAGUGGUAUGUCAAAAAUUCAGUAACUUGGGGCGGAUUAUUGAUAUGUGCAUUUGAGCUGUUAUGGAAAGGGUCCUCUGAAUAAAUGUGAGAUAGGGUGCUGGCUGAACCAUUGAAGACAACUUAAGUGCCAUUCUCAUUUGCUGAAAUGGAAACAAAACAUGAAUGACUGAAGGAAUGUUUUAUUUUUACCAAUCUUGCUGCAUUGGUCACCAUUCCCUUAUUGAAUAAAUUAUUAAAAUAUGUUAAA